AUGCGUCCGUUCAAGAGAAGCGGUCUAGAGCCAGGCGUCACCACAUUGAUGCUUCGGCGUCUUCCGGAGGAUUGGGGAGCACUUUCAGUGUUGGACUGGCUUCAGCAGAACAAAAUCAAGCUGCGCCAGAUCGACUUCCUGUACGUCCCGUUUGACAAGCACACCAACACCAACAUUGAGCUUGCGUUCAUCAAUUUUGUCGACAGCGCUACAGCCAAACAGGUCUACAAGCUCGUGGUCAAGCACAACAAGGAGCUGAUCUGGGAUGUAGUGGUCAGUGCUGGAAACGUACAGGGUUUUGAGUGGAACCUCGCCUAUUUUCUGAUUAGGUUUGGCCCGCGUGCCACGUGGGGGGAGGAUGCUCCGCUGAUCUUCAGGAAUGGUGCUCAGCUGCGGGACCGUGAGGAGAUUGCUCAAGCCUAUGCAGACAUACCGAGCCAUGUGCUCGAUGAAGCUGCGAGGUUUGUCAGGGCAGAAACUGCUGGAUCUCCUCCCCGUGGAACCCGCCGCAGGGCCCAAAGACCCACGUGGAGGUUGAGUGCAGAAACCAUGUCCAUUGAGCAGUUCCAGGUAGAUGGCAGCGAGGACGAGCUGUUGUCAAUUAUUCGGUCCGUUGACAAUGGCGCCUGGGUGUUCAGUUUGUGA